CCAAACAGCCGUCCGAACCUGUCGAUGGACGGAAAUGUUUGCGAUCAUGUGUGAUCGCUGUAUGAGCAGUCGUGACUCGUGAUUGAAGCCUCUGCCCAUUUCACGGUAGGACGAGCUGUGGCUGGCAGUAUCUGCGGACGAGGGACGGGUUCAAUGGCUGCCGCUUUCGUCAACAUGAAGUCGAGGCUCGCUGGGGUCCUUGCUUUGUUCAUGCUGAGCUUUUCGUUCCAGGUGCAUGCAGCACUUUUGAGAACGGGCGGGCAAACAGACCUGCCAAGAAUCCAACUUAACAAGUCUGCGCCGGGCAGCAGGGCAGCUAGCUGGCUUGGACAGCCAUACUUGGGAGGGGUCAAGGAAGCCAUCAACGAGCUGGCACUGGGAUCGCAUCCAGAUUAUGUCGCUCUCAACAACUACCUCGAUGCUCAGUAUUAUGGCACCAUUGGUCUGGGCACCCCUCCCCAAGAUUUCCGGGUGGUUAUGGACACUGGCUCGGCAAACCUGUGGGUCCCCUCUACAAAGUGCCGCUUCUCGAUUCCCUGCUGGUUGCACCACCGGUAUGACGCGAGCAAGUCCUCCACAUACAAACCCGAUGGGAGACCCUUUGCCAUUCACUACGGAACAGGGUCCUUGGAGGGCUUCUUGAGUACCGAUGUGGCGACCAUUGGGGACGUCAAGGUGCAGGGCCAGACCUUUGCUGAGGCAACCAAGGAGCCAGGCCUGGCAUUCCUCGCUGCCAAGUUUGACGGUAUCCUGGGGCUGGGCUUCCUGGAGAUUUCCGUGGACAAGGUCCAGCCGCUCUGGUACAACAUGCUGGAGCAGAAGCUGGUCCCGGAGGCCAUCUUCUCGUUCUGGUUCAACCGCGACGCGGCGGGCGCCGUUGGCGGCGAGAUGGUCCUGGGCGGGGUGGACCCCAAGCACUUCAAGGGCAACCACACGUGGGCGCCCCUCACGCGCCGCGGCUACUGGCAAUUCCGCCUGGACGAUGUCCUGCUCGAUGGCAACUCCACGGGCUUCUGCAAGAUCGGGGUCGGCUGCCAGGCGAUUGCCGACACGGGAACCAGCCUUCUGGCAGGGCCGUCCGCGGUGGUUGCUGAGAUCAACCAGGCCAUCGGCGCCAAGGGCGUGGUGAGCGAGGAGUGCCGCACGCUGGUGGAGGAGUACGGGUCCGCCAUCAUCGACCUGCUGGAGCAGCAGGUGGACCCCGCCAAGAUCUGCGCGCUCCUCGGGGUCUGCGACCUCUUCACCAAGAUGGACAGGGGCGACGAGAGCCACCACCGGAAGCUGCUCGAGGUGCUGAGGCUGCCCUCAGAGAGCGCGCAGGCCGGGCCGCACGUGCAGGGCGACGUGCCGUGCGCCAUGUGCGAGACGUUCGUGGUGUGGGUGGAGCACCAGGUGAUGCAGAACAAGACCAAGCAGCAGAUCCUUUAUGAGCUCAACCGGCUGUGCGACCACCUGCCCAGCCCCAAGGGCGAGUCCGUCAUCGACUGCGCCAAGCUGCCGGACAUGCCCGACAUCGCCUUCACCAUCGCGGGCGAGCCGCUCGUGCUCACCCCCGAGCAGUACAUCCUUAAGAUUGGUGCCGGGGGACAGAGCCAAUGCAUCAGCGGCUUUAUGGCGUUCGACAUCCCGCCUCCAAUGGGCCCUCUUUGGAUACUGGGAGACAUCUUCCUUGGCGCUUAUCACUCUGUAUACGAUUUUGGCAACGAACGGGUCGGUUUCGCACCAGCUGUGUGAUCCCGCGGAUGUCAAAGAUUGCAGAUUGAAAGGGUAUACGAUCCCUAGCAAGAUUUUUGUAUUCGAUAUAUUUCAGCUUCCAUUACUGGUAAAGUAGCACUUGGGCUGAUUCUUGUGCUGAUAGGUGCUCUGUGGUGACGUGUAUAGUAGUGUCUUUCAUGAACAAUGUAAGUUGGAUGAGAUUUUCUUUCGUAACGUUCCCCUUUGCUAACACUUGUAGUCGAGGACUUUUCAGGAGGUACAAACAUUUGGCGAUUGUCACGGGCCCAUGCAUGGCCAGCAAGUACAUGGAGGUAUAAUAGUAUCAUGUUGAAUCGAGUCAUGCG